AUGAAAGACGGAACGGUCGAGAUCGACGGCGCCUUCGUCGCUCGACUUACUGAACUUCGUGACGAGCCAAGAACAGCCGACUUCACCAUCUACACAAGUUCCUACUUCACCUUCACUCGAAGUUCUUCGAUCGCCUUUUCAAGACAGACUUUGGGGUUAGUCCACCCGGUUUCAAACGCAUGCCGUGUUUAUGCUGAUAACGUUCACCUCGCCGAAGACCUUUGCCGCCCUGUUCGCUGCAUGAUCGAGUACUUCUAUCACUUCAACUACAUCUUUGUCCGCAGCGACUUCCGCGGCCCACACAUUUCUGAUGAUCAAGUUGCUCUCUGUGGACUUCCACCAAGCACUGGCCAAGACCAGGGCAUGCCAUCGGAAGCUCAGGCUCACGCAUAUAUGUACACUCUCGGGGAGAAGUACGAUAUCGUCGGCCUGAAGAGGCUCGCCAAGGCCAAGUUUGAGGCAAGUGCUAUAUGCAUGCUCAACUAUGGCAUCGGCAAGCGGUCUGAACUCGAUAUCAUGUAUGUCGAGGAUGACGGCGACUCUGAGCUGGGUGAGUCAGGCCAGCUCCGGCCAUACGAGAAAGCAUUCCUGGACCUCAUUCCAUACGUCUACGAGAACACUGCACCGAACGAGAUGGGAUUGCGAGAUUCGAUUGUCAAGGCUUGGGGAGCGGCUUCCGAAGGAACGAAGAUCUUCAUGCCUAGGCAGAAGUGGGCGGAGUUGCUGGAGAAGUAUCCUGAGCUGGGCGUUGACAUGGUUAUGGGCUUGGGUGGAAAGACCACGGAUCGACAUGAGGAUUCGGAGGUAGGAAGCUUGAGCGGUAGCUUCAUCGAGGGAGAUGAGUACAUGUAG